AUGGGGACAAACAUGCAAACAAUCAAGUGUGUUGUUGUUGGCGAUGGCGCAGUUGGCAAAACUUGCCUACUAAUAUCAUAUACAACUAACAAAUUUCCGACUGAAUACGUCCCGACUGUUUUCGAUAAUUAUGCCGUUACGGUAAUGAUUGGAGGAGAACCGUAUACUUUGGGACUCUUCGAUACCGCUGGACAAGAAGACUACGAUCGAUUAAGGCCUUUGAGUUAUCCGCAAACUGACGUUUUCCUUGUCUGCUUCUCUGUUGUAAACCCUUCGUCUUUUGAGAACGUGAGAGAAAAGUGGGUCCCAGAAAUUGUACAUCACUCAGCUAAAGUCCCAUUUCUUCUUGUUGGAACACAAUGUGAUCUUCGAGGUGAAAGUACCACGAGAACUCACCUUAAGAAUAAUAAAAUGAAAGAAAUCACUACUGAACAAGGUGAACAGCUCGCCAAAGAACUGAAAGCUGUCAAAUAUGUGGAAUGUUCGGCCCUCACCCAGAGUGGCUUGAAAAAUGUAUUCGACGAAGCUAUCCUUGCUGCUUUGGAGCCACCACGACUUCGUAAAUCAAGGCGAUGUUCUUUAUUGUAA